AUGGGUACAGAAUGCCCUAUCGCCCACCCGGGCCUGUCCCGUCGUGCUCAAACUGGCGGCUACCUCCCAAUUGAGGAUUAUGGCAUGAUUGGGAACAUGCGCACCUGUGCUUUGGUUGGUGUUGACGGGAGCGUCGACUUUAUGUGCUGGCCGGAGUUUGACUCGCCCUCCAUAUUUUGUCGCCUCCUGGACAAGGACAAGGGAGGGUAUUUCAGUAUCAGCCCCCCAGAUUCGCUCAGCUGCACCACCAAGCAGCAGUAUCUGCCCUCUUCAUGCAUUCUCCAGACCCGCUACAUCCAUGAAGACGGUGUUGUUGAUCUGGUUGACUUCUUUCCUCGUCCAAAAGAUGCCCAUGUUAUGACCAAGGCCAACACUCAGAGCUCGUAUAGAGAAGCAACCAAGGUUCAAGAGGAGCUCAAAAGGUGGUUAGUGAGACGGGUCGAAUGUAUCCGCGGAUCCCUUACUCUGGACAUUGAAAUCUUUCCUGCUUUUGGCUACGGCAGAGACCCUCAUGAAACCACUCUUCUUGUUGAAACCCACACAGCAGAUACUCACCAGAGCAAGGCUGCCACAUUUCACAGCAAGGAUCAAAAACUUCAGCUUGAUGUUGCCGUUGACCGGGGAGAUGAUGAUGCUGGUAGUCCAACCAUCACUUUUCAGAAGGUGAAGCGAUCCGCGCUUCUCGGAGAGGGUUUAGUCGCUCGUAUCCAGAUCGAAGAGGGCCAAGCCAUAUCAUUCGUCUUGCGCAAUGAUGUUGAGAGUCAUGUCACUGAGCAUAUUACUACUCUAGUACUUGACCAGCAGCAGCAUGACACCCAGCGCUUCUGGUACAACUUCAUCAGCCAGUCCAAGUAUCGCGGCCGAUGGAUGGAGGUAGUGUCACGAAGUCUGAUGCUCCUCAAAAUGAUGACAUUCGAACCUACCGGGGCCAUUGUUGCCUCGCCGACGUUCUCAAUCCCGGAAGACGUCGGGGGGGUACGAAAUUGGGACUAUCGAUAUUGCUGGGUGAGAGACGCGAGUUUCUCCAUUUACAUCCUCCUGCGACUCGGGUUCAAAGAUGAAGCGGACGCGUAUAUGAACUUCAUCAUGGAGCGCUUCGUUCACUCGCGGCUUCCUGAUGGAGGCCUUCCCAUUAUGUUCACCAUUCAUGGCGGCACGGAUAUCCCUGAGAUCACUUUAGACCACUUCGAAGGCUAUCGAGGAAGCAAGCCGGUUCGCAUUGGCAACGGGGCUGCUUUCCAUCAGCAGUUCGAUAUUUAUGGCGAGCUGAUGGAUGCCAUCUACCUGUAUAACAAGUACGGGAAACCUGUUCACUGGGAGAUUUGGAAGGCUGUACGCGAGAUCCUUGACUAUGUCCUAACAAUUAUGCACGAACCCGAUAUGUCUAUUUGGGAGGUUCGAAGCAACAAGCAGCGAUACACCUAUUCGCAGGUGAUGCUUUGGGUUGCCUUUGAUCGAGGCCUGCGUCUUGCCGAGAAGAGAUGCUUCCCAUGCCCGAACCGCGAGAAUUGGAUGCGCGCUCGAGACAGUCUGUACGAAGAGAUUAUGGAAAAGGGUGAGUUUCAAACCCUUCAUACACAUGGAUCACGCAGUGGAUUAACCCUCUACCAAGGAUACGACACCAAGACACAGACAUUUGUCCAGAGCUACGGAAGCACAGCACUUGAUUCGUCCAUUCUUAUCGCUCCGUUGGUAUUCUUCAUUUCGCCAUGUGAUCCACGAUUCACAAACACUCUCGAUAAGAUUCUACUUCCACCCGAGAAGGGUGGUCUAACAGAAACAGGCCUGGUGCACCGAUAUGAUACUGAGCUCUCAGAGGAUGGAGUCGGAGGAAAAGAGGGGGCCUUCAGCAUGUGCACAUUCUGGCUUGUCGAAGCCAUGAUACGUGCCAGUGUCUACGAGCCCAAAUACCGGAUUCGAGCUAUCAAUCUCUUCGAAAACAUGCUAGGCUUCUCUAAUCACUUGUGUAUGUUCUCUGAAGAGAUCGCCCGCACUGGAGAACAACUCGGAAACACGCCUCAGGCCUUCAGCCACCUCGCGCUCGUCAGCGCUGCGUUCAAUAUCGAUCGUGCUACAGGAGGUUCUAGGAGUUGA